AUGGGUGCUAUCUCGUGUGACAGGAGAGUGAUGAUGGAAGACUACGUUUACGACGUGGAUCUCGUUAAGGUCUACCAGGGAGCCAACAGUCGCAUCGCAAUAAACAAGUCCAACUAUACGGCGGACACACUGCUGGACGCAGUGCGCUGUAAGAACGACCACUAUAACGCCUUCAGGAAGGAAGAGAUGCCCAAGCGGUUCCAUUACAGCAACAACGACAGGAUUGACGAGGUUGUGCUGGACGUGGAGGAAGAUUGGCUCAUCGCCAGAGAACCAUCCACAUUAACAGGAUCUACCUGCUCAGGCGGCACCCAUGGAUGGGAUGAUCGCGACACGAGUAUGCAUAACGGCGACAUGGAUUUGAUUGAUAGCAGAUUGAACAUUGACAUAUCCAUCUCGGGCCCUAUUUUAAGCAAGCAUGCGCCAUGGGGUGCACCACGCGUGGAGAGAUUCACAACGGACGACGUGUAUUUGCUGCCACAUGAGGACUAUGUUCUAGGAUACAGUUCCAGUUUCAAGGUCCCGCUUUGGGCUUCAUUCAAGACCGACCAGGGUCACGCCGGGUUCAUGAGUGAGCUGCCAGUAUGCGUGCGUGCUGACGUCAGACUGGACAUUGACACACACGCUAGAUGCUCAGACUACAGCAAUGACAAUGCGGAGACGGCCAACAUCACCAUGCAGGCGCUGUUUACUCCUCCGCUGAAUACAACAACGGAGAAUCUUUACGAUGCAGCCAUCUUGACCAAUUCUGUGCCGCAAAGCACAGGCUUUACCAUUGGCGUAUGGAGACAGAUAAUGGAUCACGUGACACGAUGGGCACAAAUAUAUGGGCCACUUAACAUCGUGACAGGCCCUGUUUUUGACUACAAUUAUAAUGGUGUCUACGACACGUUAGAUGAGACUAGGUUUAUUUACGAUGGAAGCACCCUGCCUUUUCCUACGCACUACUAUGUGCUAGUAUCAAAAUGUUCAGGCAAGAUCCAGGGCCAGCAAUGUGAUGAAGAGCUACCCGAGGUCAUGGCAUUUGUCAUUCCAAACAGAAUGGAGCAAGAGACCUGCCAGAAUAUCACAGACUACCUGUUCACCCACACUGCAUCGGUGCGCGACGUAGAGCGUUUGACGGGGCUGUGGUUCUACAGCGACCUCGACUACUACUCAUCACUGAAGAUGAAGCUGCUGCCGGUCCAGACACUGUGGACCACGGACAAUUAGAUCGCGGUCAGGCGGUCGAUCACUCGCUACCUCUACGUUAUAGGCGUUAGUGCAGAAUUACGUCAUGCCCUAGUGACAGCAAUGAGAAGAUUUUUUUACCACGAAUUCCCUAUUAUAAAUUCUACAAUUAUAAGUCAUUGAGACCAAGCUAUGUUUUGCGGUAAACUACGCACAGCAUACCGAAUUGUUGUGCGGAGAUCCACAUGAAGCAUGUGACAAGUAUAAUGAUACAUGACAUAAUUAAAGGGACAGUAGCCUCUAGGAUUUUACUGCAUACAACUGUACUUACUGUAUAACAAAU